AUGCCUGAGGCGACGAUCUCCGGCAUGGAGAUGAUUCAGAACAAGAUUUUAGUUUGGCCUGCAUGCGGAAUCCAAGUCGCAUACGGAGAGAAAAAGACCAAUAGGGGCGGUGGGCUCACCGAUGCACAGUCCAAGCUCGCUCCGAGCCAAUGGACCCUGCAUCCCGAUCGCGAUCAAAAAGGUCUUAAAUGGGUGGGAGGUUGCACGACCCUCGUGUUUUUGCUUAGCCCUGUCCCAGCCAUCUCAUUUGGGAACUAUAUUUUGCGUAGGAUCUACAGACGGUCGGAGAAGGCCAUCGAAAUGAGGAGUCGGGGCACGAGACCAGAUGGCCCUGGCAACGGGAAUGGCGAGGACGUUGUCAGCCCUGAACAAGGUAUUGCUCUCGUGGACGAUGGCUAUUGGGGCCGAGCUAUCCAAUAG